AUGUUUAAAUUACUUAGUCGACACGGCCGUCGUAGCGGUAUAAGAAAUUUAUUCUGUGAAAAGCAAAUUGAGGUUAAAAAGGCAAGAGUUUAUUAUUUCUAUUCUUCUGCGGGUUCAGUUCGAUUUGCUUCCACCGGUGUUGAUGUAGGGAAAACAAUAUCGUUAGAAUCUAUACCCGAACCCCCUCCCGUGCCUAACCAAUCAGUUGUUGGUGAUAUAACAGAAGCUGUUCAAAGUCUGGCAGUUAAUGGAGAGCCUUCAUUCGCAAGUCUUGGACUCGGCGGUUGGGGCCCAGUUGGUAUCGUACAAAACUGCCUCGAAUAUCUGCAUGUCUCCCUGGAUGUACCAUGGUGGGGAGCCAUAUUAAUAGGAACCGUUGUUGUUAGAACACUCAUGUUCCCUCUUGUCAUUUUAUCUCAGAGAAACAGUGCUAAAAUGAAUAACAAUUUACCCGAGAUACAAUUACUACAAAUGAAGAUGUCACAGGCCAGACAGACUGGAAAUCAGUUGGAAUCAGCUCGGUAUGCUCAGGAAAUGAUGUUAUUUAUGAAAGAAAAGGGUUUGAAUCCUUUGAGAAACAUGAUUGUGCCACUUGCACAAGCUCCAUUAUUUAUUUCAUUUUUCAUAGGAUUAAGAGGAAUGGCAAACUGUCCUGUAGAGAGUAUGAUGCAUGGUGGUAUGUGGUGGUUUACCGAUUUGACUGUCCCUGACCAGUUUUUCAUACUGCCACUCAUAACAAGUGCUACUAUGUGGGCUACGAUUGAACUGGGAGUUGAUGGUGGCAGAUUAGAGGCAUCAAACAUGCAAAUGAUGAGAUAUUUCUUGAGAGCGAUUCCCAUAAUCAUGAUACCUUUCACAAUUAAUUUUCCUGGAGCCAUUCUUGUAUACUGGUGUUCAACCAAUUUUAUAUCCCUUCUCCAAGUCGCUGUACUUAAGCUUCCUGGGGUAAGGGAAUAUUUUAAAAUACCUAAAUUGAUCAAGCACAACGCUGAAAGCUUACCAAUGAAGAAGAAGGGUUUUGUUGAAGGCGCCAAGGAGUCUUGGACUAACAUGAAGAUAUCCAGAGAACUUGCGGACAGACAGAGAGUAGAUGAGAUGAUCUUCACAAGGGCUGGGAAAGGUCCUCUACAAAAAACAUAUAAAUUUGACCCAACAAAAAUAGCAAAAAUUGAAGCCAAACCUAAGUCUUAA